UUUACUUCUGUCAUAACAAGUACACUGUAAGCAAAUGAGUCAUGAUUAUUUGUGGUGGAACGAGCAGUGAUUGCUCCCCUAAUGAAGUGCAGAUGACCUGCACACAUGCUGAACUCUUGCGCAGUGCAGGCUGUUUUGGAGCCCUGGAUUUGCUUUACUCUAUAAACUGUUCAGACAGCGCUGACUGGCCAGAUCCCCACACCAAUGGAACAAUAACACAGACCACAUCUUUUUUUUUACACAUCAGACAGCUGAAGUGUUUCUGGAGCCACUCGGAUUAGAGCACUCGCAAAACAGUCUUCGGUGUGUUUACACCACUUUUAACAAAAUCAAACAUGAUUGUAACCCUUUAACAUCUUCGCUGUGAAGAAAGGAUUUCCAGCGUCGAAGUGCUGUAAAUGUAAUGGCACCAUGUUGGUGGCAUUCCAGAACCCUCUCAGACCUCCACUGCUUCUUUCUUUUGUCUUACUCAUCCUCCCUUCCUUUGUGACACUAUCAACAUCAUCGCCUUUUAAUGACACUGCUCACUUUCAUGGCGUGAACAUGGAUGACUACGAUGAGGAUUAUGACACUUCGCCAUCACCAACAACCAAACCUGUGCCUCCUGUGGCUAAACGCUGCGACUAUGACCUCUGCAAGGACCAGCAGCCAUCCUGCCAGCAGAUUGCGGCUGCCACGGGCUGCUCCUGCCCUGGGAUGAGUGGGCCUCAUGAGGUCCCAGAACCCCCACACCUCCGCAGGCUGUCCCUAGAAGGUUCAGACAGGGUUGUUGUGCACUGGUGUGCUCCGGCUUCCACGGUUACCCAUUACCUGGUGCAGGUGGAGGGUCAGAAAGAGGGACUGAAGGCUGGCGAGAGGAGUAGGCAGAUAGAUCUAGGAAAAGUAGCGUCUGGAACAGAGGUGUGUGUCUGGGCAGUGAACAAGGCUGGAGUCAGCACCAGGGAAAAGCACUCGUGUACUCGCUUCCAGCCUGAAAGCUCGGAGUCUGGGCUGGCAUUGAGGCUGGGCAUCAUAGGAGGGGUAGUGGCACUGCUUGUUGUACUAGCACUAGCGUUGCUACUUUGGAGGUUCAGGAGACGAAGGAAAACUCUGGCACCGACCGAAACUGGAGGAGCAGAGAUGGUGCUCUGAGAGACAAUGACUUAUAUUUGCAUUCUGAGGUAUACAGUUGUAUGCAAAACUUUGGAUACCCCCAGUGGGGGGAGAAACUUCAUGAUGACGUAUUUCUGUAGAAAUUAUAGACAAUUAUUUUGCAACAUAUUUGCUGAAGUUAACAUGUGCACAAGUUUAGAAAUCCUUUCAGGAAAUACUUUGGAAUCCCAUUUUGGCUGAACUGCUUCUUGUAGUUUCUUGAUUUAAGAUGCUCUUUUGUCCUUGCAGACCUCUUCUAGCUCAUAAGUCUACACAGGUCUUCUUGCAUGCACAUCGUCUUUGAGAUAUAACCACAGAUUUUCAAUAAUAUUCAUGUCUGAGGAUUGUGAAGGUCAUUCACAAUGUCUUCACUGACUGAAGCAUUGACUUAAAGUACUUGUUGAUAGUAGAAUCUUUUCUUCUCUUUAUCCCCACAACAUAAUACUAUACAACUCAAUCCCAAAGCAUAGAUAGAUUCAACUUCAUGCCUCAUGCUUAACAGUUGGCACAGUUUUUUCAUCAAGUGCUGCUCCCCUUUUCUCCAAACACACCUUUGGUGACUGUAGCCAGCAAUAUUUUUGCCAGACCACAGAAUUUAAUUCUCACAUACCCCUAAAAUGUAGAUGGUGUUUGUGCAACAACAAUGCACAGUGGACAGGAACAUCACUACUGCAAUGUCAGCCAAGUCUUCCUGGAGGUCAUUGGCAGUGAUGUGGGGGUUUUGCUUUGCAUAACUGACCAGUCUAACAUCAUUGGUCUUCUUGGUCAUCCAGAUCUUGUCAUGACUUCAGUUUCUUAAUGAUAUUUCAGACAGUAGAAACUGUAAAGUGGGAGUGUUCAGCCAUCUACUGCUUUUGAAAGAGUCAACCAUCUUUAGUUUCACUUCCUUAAGCAGCAGUGUAGAUAAGCCCAGGGCUAUUGAGUGUAAUCACAACAUCUUGAGAAGUUUUAAAGGGUCACAGAAUUUAUUACCCUCUGGAAUUGUCUGCAUCUGACUUGAAUCAAAUAUGCCUGGGACCUAAAACAAUAACACUAAUAGAUCAACUUGAAGGGUCACACACUGACAUACACACCACAUUUUGUUUUCCGAUCUGUUGUGUUUACUUCAGCAAAUAAAUAAUAAUUGUGCAUUAAAUUAGCAGAAAAACGUACUAUUUAAGUUUGCUCUAUGUAGAGAUUGACCAGGUUUGCAUACAACUGUAUUGCUUGGUAACUACACGAAAAACAGUGCAAAAUCAUUGAGUUAUCAUGACAUUUUCGAUUAAAUUAUUCACUCAGAAGCAUAAGUCUGGAAGUCAUGACGCAUGUGAUCAAGUCUAGGACUGUGGUCACCAGCCCUCCUUAUGGACCUUUGUUUAUUGAAGGGUGGGGAUCAUGAUGGGAGAGACUAUGUACAAAAGCACUUUAGAUGUAUUAUUGGAGUUAGUAUUGUUUGAAUGCUUUUCUAUUUGUAAAUUUUUGGAUAUCUUUUGUUUUUGCCAGUUUUGUCAGUAUUAGCUUUUUUUUUAUUAUGAUCAAGUGAGUAAAUGAAUGAACU